UUUCUGAUUCUCGAAAAAGGUCAAUAUUUCAAAUAUUAGUGUUAUUUGGUGUAACUAAAUUGUCUUGCUAUGGCCGAAGUUGAUCAUAUCGACUCUUCAUCUCCAUCUUUAGUUAAUCACGAUGACAGUAAAAGUCCCGGUUACCAUUUCAUUUCAAACUUUCAAUCGAUGCACGAUUUGAUUGAAAAAUUAAUCCUGCUUAAAUAUGACAAGGAGUUUUGUCCUGUUUACAAAUGUCAACCUCUUCAUAGGUAUUACUUUACAAUCCAAACCAAUCCAGGAGAGCAAUUUUAUGUAUUUUCAUGUCUUUCCGUUUGGUUGAUUAAGGAAAAAUGUCAACUAAAGAUGACCAGUGAACUUAAUCCACAGGAUUAUGAAGAUCCAAAUGUAACAAUCCAUGGAAUCUUGGAUGCUGUUCGUUUAAUUGUUGACAAGGUGUCAAUUGCUCCAAAUAAAAUUAAACAAGGUUAUGGAUCAGAAGUCAUUUGGAUUCUCAAUACACUAACAGAUAAUGCAUUGAGUAAAAAUCAAUUUUCUCGUUCACCAAUUGUGGUUAAAGUGUUGACAUCGGAUAAAGAUUAUGAACUGGAUAAUAUUGAAGAGGAUAAAAUAAUUGAAGAUGAAGACGAUAUUGAAAUCAAUUUCAAUGAUCAAUUUACACUAUUAGAUGAUGAAUAUGGAGAUUUUGACAAUGAAAUGGUUACCGAUAAACUGUAUACUCAAUCCUUGGUCAACCGUCCACAAGCAAUACUGGCUAGCAACGUUGACUCGGCCGAGUGGAAGAUUGAAGUUGAAAGAGUUUUACCUCAGUUGAAGGUUAUCCUUCGUUCAUCUGACCACAAAGCUGAUUGGAGAGCUCAUAUUGAGGAAAUGUAUCGACAUCGAAACGAGGUUGAAAAACAUUUCGAGACAACUUCUACUUCCUUGAAAAAAUUGUCCGAUGAAAUUAACAAAGAAAUGACUCAGAUUGGAGCAAGGGAAAAGUACCUUCAAUUGCAAUUGGAAACAUUAACUUCUGAAUAUAAUUCACUGGAGGCUCAUCUCAAGCAAGCAACGGAAAGUUAUAAAAUGGUCAGUGGUGGUGUUACCGAGAAAUCGCGUAAAUUGGCUUCGAUUUCAGAGGAAUUGGAUUCAGUCAAGGAAGAGAUGGAGAAAAGAGGAACUGCCAUGACUGAUGGAACACCUUUAAUCAGUAUUCGUAAAGCCUUAACUACAAUUAAGCAGGAAAUAGUAUCUCUUGAUAUAAGGAUUGGAGUUGCGAUGCACACUUUGCUUCGUAUUAAAGUUGCUGAUUGUACCAAAGAUGCGCUAGAGAAACAACAACCAUUUAAAAAUAAUCGAAUGGAUGAAUUGAUUUUUUAAGAUAAUUCGGAAAAAUUAACACUGUAGGUGUUUUUUCUGUGUUAAAAGAUUUGACUAGUUCAUUGUAGCUAGAAUAAAUAUUUAGAAACCUCUUUUA